ACGCAACGAGACUAGCGAAUCGACCUUGUAGGCCAAGCUGUCCCACACCGAAACGGGGUCUGCCGCUUCAAAAUUUACACGUGUCAAUGACAGAGACUAUUGGAUAAUAUUUCUAACAGGGGUUCGCACGGUCGCACCCGAGGCCGGCUCAGUAUAUAGGCGGGUUGAAGAUUUCGAGGAAAGCAUAGCGGAGUCUUCGAUCUUCAUUUCGUCGUCUCCUGGAGCAGCAGAGGGAUGGAGCUCAAACCAGGUCUAUCAGCUCUGGUCACCGGUGGAGCCUCUGGAAUUGGUAAAGCUAUUAGCUUAGCUUUGGGAGAGAAGGGAAUAUUUGUUACAGUGGUUGACUUCUCUGAAGAAAGGGGAAAGGAAGUCGCAUCCCUUGUUGAAAAAGAGAAUGCCAAAUUCCACCCAAAGUUGGGAUUUCCAUUUGCUAUGUUCAUAAGAUGUGAUGUGACUAAUACAAGAGAAUUGGCUGCUGCUUUCAAGAAGCAUUUAGCAACAUAUGGAGGGUUAGACAUCUGUGUAAACAGUGCGGGAAUUGGCACCCGUGAACCAUUCCAUAAGGAUCAAACUGAGAACUCUGGUUUGUGGAGACGAACCAUUAAUGUGAACCUGGUAGCAGUUAUCGACUGCACUCGCCUGGCGAUUCAAACCAUGCAAGCUGCGAAAAAGCCUGGUGUAAUUAUUAAUAUGGGAUCUGCUUCAGGUCUUUAUCCGAUGUAUCUUGACCCUAUCUACUCUGCCUCCAAAGGUGGUGUGGUUCUAUUUACCAGAUCACUUGCACCUUAUAAACGCCACGGAAUUCGUGUCAAUGUGCUUUGCCCUGAGUUUGUUCAAACUGAGAUGGGCUCAAUCGUGGAUUCUAAAUUUAUUGGUUUAAUGGGUGGUUAUGUGUCAAUGGAAAUGGUGGUGAAAGGUGCUUUUGAGCUUAUAAGUGAUGAGAGGAAAGCUGGAUCAUGUUUAUGGAUCACAAACAGGAGAGGAAUGGAGUAUUGGCCAACUCCCAUUGAAGAAGCAAAAUACAGGUUGCCUAUUUCAAAAUCAAGGAGAAAAGUCCCAUUCAAAGCUUCAUUGAAUCUCCAAAUUCCUCAGAGUUUUGAGAAAGUAGUUGUCCACACCUUGAGUCACAAUUUCCGUAGUGCAACCAGCAUAGUGCGCGUGCCAUUGAGAUUACCAAUCAAACCACACCAUGUCCUUGUGAAAAUAAUUUAUGCCGGUGUUAAUGCUAGUGAUGUGAACUUUAGCUCAGGCCGUUAUUUUGGUGGAAAUGACAAAGACCUUGACUCGCGUCUUCCAUUUGAUGCUGGUUUUGAGGCUGUGGGAAUAAUUGCUGCUGUGGGUGAUUCUGUCAAUGAUUUGAAAAUUGGCACUCCUGCUGCAGUUAUGACUUUUGGAAGUUAUGCUGAAUUUAUGAUGGUUCCUUCCAAACACAUCCUUCCCGUGGCAAGACCAGAUCCAGAAGUUGUUGCGAUGCUAACCUCAGGACUUACAGCAUCAAUUGCUUUAGAAAAGGCAGCACAAAUGGAAUCUGGAAAAGUAGUUCUUGUCACUGCUGCUGCUGGAGGAACUGGACAGUUCGCAGUCCAGCUUGCAAAAUUAGCUGGAAAUACAGUCAUUGCAACUUGUGGAGGUAAGGAAAAAGCUAUGCUGUUGAGAGAUUUAGGAGUUGAUCGAGUGAUAGACUACAAAGCAGAAGAUAUAAAAACUGUUCUAAAAAAGGAAUUUCCCAAAGGUGUUGAUAUUAUCUAUGAGUCUGUUGGUGGCGAAAUGUUUAAUCUUUGCUUGAAUGCAUUGGCAACAUAUGGACGACUCGUUGUGAUCGGAAUGAUUUCUCAGUAUCAAGGGGCUCGUGGAUGGCAGCCUUCAAAUUAUACUGGGCUAUGUGAGAAACUUCUAGCAAAAAGCCAAACUGUGGCUGGCUUUUUCCUGGUGCAAUAUGCUCACUUAUGGCAAGAACAUUUGGACAGGCUUUUUCAUCUUUUCUCCUUGGGAAAGCUUAAGGUUGCUGUAGACCCAAAAAGAUUUCUUGGCCUCCAUGCUGUUGCAGAUGCUGUCGAAUAUCUUCAUUCGGGUAAAAGUGCUGGCAAGGUUAUCGUUUGCAUUGAUCCAGCCUACAGUCAACAAACAGCAAAAUUAUGAGCAACCGGUUGAAUUACCAUCUAGACAGUUUCUAUUCAGUAUUAUGUGCAAAUAAGCAAAAUGCUGAAAUGAAGAUUGAGUCCAGACCGACAGUAUAUGCAGCUCACCCAAACAGGCCACUCACAUAGUGUUAAGCAAUGUACGCCGAAAGGUCCAACAAAGUUUGUUCGCAGCUUUAACAAUCUUCAUUUUUGAGUGUGCUGGAUUCAUUUCUUUAUCUUUCAUAUAUUUAGCCACAAGAAUGCUCUAUCCCUUUGUUUAGGAAAAUAAGAGUAAGGGCGUUUCUGUUGUCUGUGAACAUAUGAAGGCACAAGCCUACCCUUUGCAUGCUUCCAACUUUGAUCUGCCAUUUUGGAACAUAUCAUAAAGAUUUUCUGUUGCCAGUAGUUCCAACUUUUAACCAUCUGUAUUGCCUGUCUGAAACUCUUGUUUAUAGUUUUUGCUUCCUACGUUA